UUACGGAAAUGGGCAGAUAUUCUGCUCCUGGCUCCACUGAGCGCAAACACACUGGCCAAAAUCAUUGCUGGUCUGGCAGACAACUUAGUUACAUCAGUGUGUCGGGCCUGGUAUUACCCUAAUGGGGAAAAGCGCGCUUUCUUUGCCCCGGCCAUGAACACCGAGAUGUGGAAUCAUCCGUUGACCGGAGAGCAGGUGACGAGAUUGAUGCGAAUUCAUGGAUGGGUGAUGAUCCCUCCGGUGGAGAAAAUGCUGAUGUGCGGGGAGUACGGAAUGGGUGCGAUGGCUGAACUGAGCACUAUUGUGGAAAGUCUUUGA